GGCGGCCGGAGCGGGGCCCGCAGCAGCCCCGGAGCGGCCCCGCCAUGGCCAUGGCGCUCAAGAUGCUGCCCUGCAAGAAGCGCAGAGCGGCGGCGGCGGGGCCGCCGAGCCCCCGGGAGCGCGGGGAGGACGCGGAGCUGCCCGGAGGCUCCGGUGCUGCCGAUGGAGGCGGCUCCGCCAGGCCCGCGGGGAGGGGGCCCGGGGAGGCCUCGCCGAAGAGCGGCAGGAAAGCCCCCGUGAGGGCGGCCCUGAGCCCCGGGCAGGAGCUCCCCGCGGGGCCCGGCAGCCCGGCGGCGGAAGGGAAAAUCCCUAAGCUGUACACAGAGGUGGAAGUGAGUUCUCAGAGGGAUCUGUAUCCAAGUGAGAACCCUGGGCCGGUGCCAGAGUCUCCAGGGAGAAGCUCCCUGCAGGUUUCUGCUGCCAGAAACCCCACCACCAUGAAGCCACCCAAGAACACCAGGGCUGAGGAGCAGGACGGGGAGGAGGUCGAGAGGAGGAAGAGGAGGAGGAAGGCAAGCAAAAGGAAAAGAGAAGUGAAAAGCCAGGAGGAAGAGGGCUCCUUGUCCUGUGACAUCAAACUGGACGAGUCCCUGGACCGCACCCUGGAAGAUGGAGCCAAGCAGCACAACCUGACCGUGGUCAACGUCAGGAACAUCCUGCACGAAGUGAUCACAAAUGAACACGUGGUGGCCAUGGUGAAAGCAGCCAUCAGUGAGACAGAAGAUAUUCCUUUGUUUGAGCCCAAAAUGACUCGUUUCCAAACUGAAGGAGGUGGUGGAGAAAGGAGGGGUGAUUCCAACAUGGAAUAUUUCUCCAAUUAAGAAGGCAAACGAGGUGAAGCCCCCUCAGUUUGUGGACAUUCCCCUGGAGGAAGAUGAUUCCUCUGAUGAAGAAUACCAGCCUGAUGAUGAAGAGGAGGAUGAGACUGCAGAAGAGAGCUUGCUGGAGAGUGAUGUGGAGAGCACGGCUUCUUCUCCUCGUGGAGCCAAGAGGUCCAGGACCAGGCGCUCCUCUGAUGAGGAGGGAGGGACCCUCUGUGAGCUGGAGGUGCUGCCCCCCCCCGUGGUGAGGCACAUCAGCGCUGAGGUGGUGCCCAUGGGUCCUCCCCCACCUCCCAAACCCAAGCAGAGCAAGGACAGCUCCUUCAUGGAGAAGCUGCACGCCGUGGAUGAGGAGCUGGCCUCCAGCCCUGUGUGCAUGGA